GUUCUCUAGAAUAUUCUAUACACCAACUGUGACCGAGCUCUAGACCGCGGCAACGGCUUGCGCAAACAUGUGAGCUGUGUUUAUCAUCAACUUUCGACUCACGAUCUUUCGCAAUCCGCAACUCGCUUUCACAUCAUCACCAUCAUCAUUCCGAAUACACCUAUCAAAACAAACGCAAUCAUGAGCGACGAAAUCAAGAACACUGCCCAGGCCGGUGCCCCCAUCGUCAGCGACCCCGAACACCAGCAGGCCCCUAGCAGCAAGGGCAAGGGCAAGGCCGUCGAAGACAUGGACAUGGAUGACGACAGCUCUUCCGAGGAAGAGGAACAGGCCGCCCCUGAGGAACAGGAGGAGGGCGAGGAAGACAACAUGGAGGAGAUUGACGAGAGCAACAUUCUGUCCGGUGGUAGACGCACCCGUGGCAAGACCAUUGACUUCGCCAAGGCUGCCGAAGGUCUCGACGACGACGAGGACGAGGAUGAAGACGACGACUUCGAAGACCCUGAGGAGAUGAAGCAGUAGAUACGCCUCAAGCGACACCCCAGCUGCCGCCAUAGGCGCUGUGCAAAAAGUUCUCGUCUUACCUUUCCACGAUCAUUACCGGUACAGUCGGCAUUGGGUAUUGCGCAACUGUGCAAGGCGUCUCGGGCAGGAGGAUGAAUACAUGACUUGCUUUUCAGCAGUCAAGGAGUCUCGGCGCAUGGCGCAGGCAUACCAGAUCAUCAUCGACGAAACGAACCUUUAUGAGCAGUGAUACCAUCGGAAAAGAAUAAACAAACCAUUACCCCAGCUAUUCAUACGGCCCAGACCAGAUCAAUGCAUGUAGCGGACUGAAGUCCAGCAGUAACGAGUGUGUGACAUGAAAAUUGAGGGAGUUGUGGGAGUCUUUGGCAAUACUUUUCCUCGGCACUAUGGAGCAUACCCUUGUACGAGAUAGCCUGUGCCUGAUUGCACUCACCGAGGU